GAUAACCGGGGACACCUUGAGUCGGACACCCGCCGUCCUGGCCCCUCUGUCUGGGGACCCAGGAGCACCCGGAAGCUGCUCAGUUAGUUGCGCUCCCAGCUGCUCGCAGGGCGGACGCUCUCCUUGUCGCGCAGCUUCUUCUUUCUCUCGUGAACGUCGUGGAAAAGAGUCACUCCACGCAGGAAUAAAACUAAAACGGAAACUGCGGAAACUGUCCCACGGCUUUUUCCCCCAUUUCUACUGGCUUUUUUUCCAUCGCUACAGCUAGAAAACUGAUGGUUUUUCUCUCAUUGAAGACAGAGUACUUACCCUGAAGUUGCAGGAUGAAAAGAUGGCACAACUUUAUCAACCACCAGAUCCAGAAAGCUUGCGUCUGUUUACCCGCGAGUCCCUCAAAGCCAUUGAAGCACGGAUUGAAGAGGAGAAUGCCAAGAAACCUAAGGAAGAGAAGAAAAAACGCAAAAACAAGACAGACUUCAAACCCAACCGGGAUCUGAUGGCAGGCAAGCCCCUGCCUAUUCUCUAUGGGGACAUUCCUAAUGGCUUGGUCUCAACACCACUGGAGGAACUGGAUCCCGCCUAUUACAAUCAGAAAACUUUUAUAGUGUUAAAUAAAAGGAAGAUGAUUUUUCGCUUCAAUGCUGCUCCUGCCUUGUACUUCCUGGGUCCCUUCAACCCGAUUAGAAGAUUAUCAAUCAAGAUUCUGGUUCACUCAUUGUUCAAUGUGUUGAUCAUGUGCACCAUCCUCACCAACUGUGCACUUAUGACUAGAUCUUCUAGUGCUGAUAGUAAUUCUACUUGGACAAAGCCUGUAGAGUACACAUUCACAGCCAUCUAUACUUUUGAAUCUUUAGUAAAAAUUUUAGCUCGAGGAUUCUGUUUAGGGGAGUUCACAUUUCUCAGAGAUCCGUGGAACUGGCUGGAUUUCUCUGUUAUUGUUUUAGCGUAUCUAAAUGAGUUUGCAGAUUUUGGCAGAUUAUCAGCUCUUCGCACAUUCAGAGUGCUAAGAGCUUUUAAAGCAAUUUCAGUUAUUCCAGGCUUGAAGACCAUUGUUGGAGCACUCUUCCAGUCAGUGAAGAAGCUCACUGACGUAAUGAUCUUGACUGUUUUCUGCUUGAGUGUCUUUGCACUUGUGGGAUUGCAACUGUUUAUGGGUCAUCUGAAAAACAAGUGUGUUCGCCAACCAGAACAUGUUACUCCUGAAGAGAAUUUAACCGAGUACUGGAGAAUACUUAUUGAAAAUGCAAAUAGCACGAGUAAUCAUUAUUUUCUUUCUGGCAAAAGAGAUCCAUUGCUAUGUGGAAAUAGCACUUAUGCUGGGAAGUGUCCAGAAGGCUACACAUGUGUGUCUUUUGGAAGCACUCCAGACUUUGGCUACACAAGUUUUGACUCCUUUGGGUGGGCCUUCCUCGCCCUGUUCAGACUGAUGACCCAAGAUUUUUGGGAAAACCUUUACCAACAGACUUUGAGAGCUUCUGGGAAACCCUACAUGAUCUUUUUUGUCUUGGUGAUUUUCCUGGGUUCCUUCUACUUGAUCAACCUCAUCUUGGCUGUAGUGGCUAUGGCCUAUGAAGAGCAGAGCCAGACCAACAUCAAGGAAGCAAAAGAAAAGGAGGAAGAAUUUCAGGCCAUGCUCGAGGAGCUGAAACAACAGCAAGAGGAAGUUCAGGCAAUAGCAAAUACAGCAGAAAGUAAAGACCCCGGUGACAAAGGUGAUGGCACAGGUGGCACCUCAAAUCUGACUUCUAAAAGUGCCAAGGAAAGAUGUAACAUGAAGAAAAAAAAGAAAGAGGAAGAGAGGAAGGAGGUUUCUGAGAUUCCAAAAUCAAAUUCAUUGAACAGCCUGAAGAAAGAGAUCAGCCACUUGACAACAGAUGGAAACCUGCUCAAUUCUGACUUGAAAUCAUCAACCACACAUCAGUCCUUUCUGAAUUUUCGUGGAGCCCUGAUCUCUUCCAGAAGAUACAGCAAGACCAGUCUUUUCAGCUUCCAAAGCCAAAUACAGGAUCUGAGUUCAGAAAACGAGUUUGCGGAUGAUGAGUACAGCAUUUUUGAGGAAAAUCGGAGUGGGAGUGGAUCCAUGUCUCAUCAUCUUCAUGAUCGACACAGCAGCAGUUUGAGCGAAUGCCUCUUCUUACCGCCUCUUUUACUUCAGCCCGAUGGCCUCAAGCAUAGCUCUAUAGGCUGCAAUGGGUGUAUGUCUCAAAAGGAUAGGAGUUCACCACCUGUGGGGUUCCUUCUGUCAAAAGUGGCACUAGAUAAGACCUUCAGCCAAGAAAAUGCGAACAGUACAGAAUUACAAUACAGGCGACCGAGUGCAGCUUACAGUGAUUUAAUGGAUUACCUGGAAGGUCCAGAGGCAAGACAAAGAGCACAAAGCCUAGUUAGUGUUAUAACCAGCACUGUGGAAGAACUUGAAGAGUCGAGAAAGAAGUGCCCACCUUGUUGGUACAAGUUUGCCGAAAACUUCCUAAUCUGGGAUUGCUGUCCAGCUUGGCAGAAAAUCAAGAAGUUUGUCAAGCUGAUAGUGAUGGACCCAUUUGCUGACCUAACUAUAACUAUCUGCAUUGUUCUCAAUACUUUGUUUAUGGCUAUGGAGCACCAUCCAAUGCAGGACGAGUUUACGAAAAUGCUAUCUAUUGGAAAUAAAGUUUUCACUGGCAUCUUCACAGCUGAAAUGGUGCUUAAGAUCAUUGCACUGGACCCAUACUACUACUUUCAAGAGCGUUGGAAUAUUUUUGAUGGAAUCAUUGUCACUAUAAGUUUGGUGGAGCUUUGUUUUUCGAUCAAUCUUUUGAGAUCCUUAAGGCUGCUGAGAGUGUUCAAGUUGGCUAAAUCUUGGCCCACUCUCAAUUCACUUCUUAAAAUAAUUGGUAAUUCAGUUGGAGCCAUGGGCAACCUGACUCUGGUGCUGGCCAUUAUUGUCUUUAUUUUUGCUGUUGUGGGCAUGCAGCUGUUUGAAAGAGAAUAUAGGUAUAAUGUCAGUAAAAUUUCAGCGGACAGAAAACCUCGCUGGCACAUGAUGGACUUUUUUCAUUCAUUCCUCAUUGUCUUCCGAGUGCUUUGUGGAGAAUGGAUAGAGACCAUGUGGGACUGCAUGGAAGUGGCUGGAGUAACUAAGUGCCUCAUUGUCUACAUGAUGGUCAUGGUUGUUGGAAAUCUUGUGAUGCUGAACCUGUUCCUGGCUCUUCUGUUAAGUUCUUUCAGUGCAGACAAUUUGGCAGCAAUUGAAGAGGACAGUGACUUGAACAACUUGCAGAUUGCAAUAAAACGGAUUUGUAGGGGCUUUGACUUCAUCAAGUCAUUCCUUAAAAAUAUCUGUAACAGUAAUUGUCACAAAGAAAAAAAGGAAAAAACUAAAGACAAGUCUUUGGGUGAAUUUAAAAAACCUUUUGGAACAAAUGAUCUUCACAACCAUACCCUCAAAAACUUUCAUACAAACAGCAAUGUUAAUUUGACUGGAGUGGACAAAAGUGGAGACAAGUACAUAGUCAACAGCAAAAGCAACGAUUCCAUUAUGUCUUUCAUCAACAACCCAAGCCUGACUGUUACUGUUCCCAUUGCUGCUGUGGAGUCUGACUUUGAAGUACUUAAUACUGAGGACUUCAGCAGUGCCUCAUCUGAUGUUCAACCAUGCCGUGUGGAGAUUUUCGAUGAGGAUGAAGAUGAGGAACUUAGCUCUUCUGAGGGAAGCACAAUCAAUGAUUAUGAAGCUGGAGAGAUAGCUGACUCUGUUGGUGGUGAAUUAGAAGAGUCCAAUGAUCCUAGUCCGUGCUUUCCUGCAGUUUGCCUGCAGAACAUUAAGUGUUGCCAAGUAAAUGUGGAUGUGGGCUUCUGGAAAGCAUGGUGGAAACUAAGGCAAACCUGUUUUAGGAUUGUAGAGCACAGUUGGUUUGAAAGCUUCAUCAUCUUCAUGAUCCUUCUCAGCAGUGGAGCACUUGCUUUUGAAGAUGUCUACAGUGAGCAGAGGAAGACAAUUAAAAUUAUUCUGGAGUUUGCAGACAAAAUGUUCACUUACAUUUUCAUUUUGGAAAUGCUUUUGAAAUGGCUGGCAUAUGGAUUUGCCAAGUAUUUCACAAAUGCUUGGUGUUGGUUGGAUUUCCUCAUUGUGGAUGUCUCAUUAGUCAGUCUGGUGGCCAAUGCACUAGAACUUACCGAUCUUGGUGCAAUCAAGUCUCUGAGAACUCUUCGAGCGCUAAGGCCCCUGAGAGCACUGUCACGAUUUGAAGGCAUGAGGGUGGUUGUCAAUGCCCUGCUAGGAGCAAUUCCUUCCAUCUUCAAUGUGCUUCUUGUAUGCCUCAUCUUCUGGCUGAUUUUCAGCAUCAUGGGAGUCAACCUAUUUGCAGGAAAGUUUUACAAGUGCAUCAACAAGACUGAUGGUGUAGAGUGUGAUCCAGAGAACAUUCCAAAUAAAACAUUUUGCACAAAUGAGACAGAUCUAAUUUGGAAAAACCUUAAAAUAAACUAUGACAAUGUUGGCAUGGGAUACCUUGCACUUCUGCAAGUGGCUACAUUCAAAGGCUGGAUGGACAUUAUGUAUGCUGCUGUGGACUCAGGAGAGCCAGAUGAGCAACCAGUUUUUGAAAGAAACAUCAAGAUGUACUUAUACUUUGUUGUUUUUAUCAUAUUUGGAUCCUUUUUCACCCUUAAUCUUUUCAUUGGAGUAAUAAUAGACAAUUUCAAUCAGCAAAAGAAAAAGUUUGGAGGUACAGACCUUUUUAUGACUGAAGACCAGAAGAAAUAUUAUAAUGCUAUGAAAAAAUUGGGGUCAAAGAAGCCACAAAAACCUAUUCCAAGGCCAUCGAACAAGAUUCAAGGAUUCAUUUUUGACAUAAUCAGCAAACAGGCUUUUGAUAUUGUCAUCAUGGUUCUAAUAUGGCUUAAUAUGGUAACCAUGAUGGUGGAAACGGCAGACCAAAGUGAAAAGCAGACUUACAUCCUCCGUGUCAUCAAUUAUGUGUUUAUUGUCAUUUUUUCUGGGGAAUGUUUGUUGAAGAUGAUUGGACUCCGCCAUUACUUUUUCAUGAACGGCUGGAAUAUAUUUGACUUGGUUGUAGUGAUUUUGUCAAUCGCUGGUGUGUUUCUUGCAAAGAUAAUUGAGGACUACUUUGUCUCACCAACUCUAUUUAGAGUAAUUCGACUUGCUCGGAUUGGCCGUGUCCUCCGCCUUAUCAAAAGUGCCAAAGGAAUACGCACACUCUUGUUUGCCUUGAUGAUGUCACUUCCUGCCUUAUUCAACAUUGGCCUCUUGCUCUUCUUGGUGAUGUUUAUCUAUGCCAUAUUUGGCAUGUCAAGCUUUGCUUAUGUCAAGAAGGACAAAGGAAUCGAUGACCUUUUCAACUUUGAGACCUUUGGCAACAGCAUGAUAUGUUUGUUUCAGAUAACCACAUCGGGAGGGUGGGAUACCCUUCUUGAUCCCAUUCUAAACAGUAAUAUAGAUGAUUGUGACCGAAACAAAGAGCAUCCUGGAAGUAACACUAAAGGCGAUUGUGGAAAUCCUCCUGUUGGAAUUGCUUUUUUUGUUAGCUACAUUAUCAUCAGCUUUCUUAUUGUGGUCAACAUGUAUAUUGCAGUUAUUCUGGAAAACUUUAACGUGGCUACUGAGGAGAGUACUGACCCACUGAGUGAGGAUGACUUUGAGAUGUUUUAUGAAGUCUGGGAAAGGUUUGACCCUGGUGCAACACAAUUUAUUCAUUACUACAGUCUUUCAGACUUUGCAGAUGCUCUCAACCCACCAUUACAAGUACCCAAGCCCAACAGGAUAGAUUUGAUCUUUAUGGACCUUCCAAUUGUGAGUGGUGACCGUAUUCACUGUCUGGAUAUCCUGUUUGCCUUCACAAAACGUGUUCUAGGAGAAGGUGGGGAGAUGGACAUUUUAAGGGAGCAGAUGGAGGAGCGCUUUAUGGCCUCAAAUCCUUCCAAAGUGUCAUAUGAACCCAUCACAACCACCCUCCGCCGUAAAGAAGAACUUCGGUCAGCUACUGUCAUUCAAAGAGCAUUUAGAAGAUAUACCAAGAACAUAAAGUUCUCAGAAGAAUCAGAUGUUGAAACUGAGAAAGAACAAACGCUCACCGACAGAAAGGAAUUUGUCAAAGAGAACAACAAAGAAACUUCCAGUGCUGAAAAAACUGAACAGACAGCUUUGGUGUCCUCCACAUCUUCCUGUGAUAAUUUAAUCAUAAAUGAAAAAAGUGAACUUGAAACAGACCAAAGUGAAAAGGAGAAAACAAGCAACGACAGAAGAGACCAAGAUACAUAAAAGAAGAGAGAAUGUGCAACAGUAAUGACAAAAUGUUUACAGUUUUUUGAAAGUGACUACCGGUACCUUCCCGAAUGUGUAUAUCCACAAUUUCCACAGACUGUCCUUACUUUACAGAAGGGGAGGGGGAUAGCUCAUAUUUGCUAUAAUCAGACCCUUAUGAAGCAUUUCAGGAGUAUCCACAGGUUGUGCUGUUUACAAAAUUGCCAUUAUUUAUAGGCUUAUCCAAGGCACACCUUUGUGCUUCAACUUUAUUGCAGCUACUUCUGCUAUCCAGUGACUUGAAGGAAUGUUAUAUCAAUGACUUUUGAAUAGCAAGCACUCAUUUUUCCUGCAAAAAAGGUUUUCAUGCUGUUUUUUUGGGCCUCCAUUGUUCGUUAACUCUUUUAUUUAUAGGGUAGUUUUCUCAGGUAUAAUACUUAUGGGCAUACAGCCCUAAGGCUGCUUCUGAUAGUGCUAACACAAACAAAAGCCAUGAUUCAUUAUUAAUGCAUGAAUAUCUAUUCAUGGUUAUGCAUGAAAAAUAUUUCCAUUAUUGCUUUAUUUUUCUCUCCAAAUGCAUCACAAAAUAGUUUUCAGAUGAUUGGAUUUUUUUUGUGGGUGUGUGUAUGAUUGGGUUUUGUACAGGAAAAACACGAACUUCAACAAAACAACAUUCAACUCUGCAUACAUAAGGCCAGAUACACAAAUCAUCACACAGAUCAUCAUAACUGUCUUUUCAUAAAACUGUACGAACAAAUAUCAAAGAUGACUUAAUUGAGGAAAUUUAAAGGCAACAAAACUUUUGGAUAAUAUAUCCUCAAAGAACUCUUGCAAUUUAUGAGAGAAUUUCUUUUCAUUUUUGCCAUUUGUGGUUGUUUGGUAUGACUGGAUUUGACUUUUCCACAAAACCAAGCUACUCUAAAUGAGUUAUUUUUUAUUUCUUUUUUGAUGCUCUGUGGGGGGAAAAAUGUUGUUUGAUGAAUAAAGUUGUUUAUCUCUGAUGUCAACCUUAAACUGUUGUAAUGGGGGGGGGGGGGGGGGGGUUGUCAAUUUUUUUAUCCAAAAAACAAUCCUCGUUUACCAAAUUCCUUCUGGGAUUAGAUACUCAAAUAUAUAUGUGUUUUUAUUUUAUGUAUUUAUUUAUUUAUUUUCCAGUUCAAAUCUCAGUCUGUAUGAUGGCAAAACAACAUAUAAAAAAUGGACAAAUAAGUGCUCAGGAUAUUCUGAAAAAUUUCAAGGAAAUUGCAUAAUACAUUUCAUGUCCUUUGCUAUUUCCAGCUAUUGUAUACAUCUUACAUUAUUGCUUCUUACAGCAGACAGUUGAAACUGUCAGAUACCUGUGAUCUUCUGCUACACAGGCAAAAAUCCAUUGGUAUAAUUACAAUUUGCAUGUCAUGCACUUAUGCUGCACCUUACCCACAGUGAAAGAAAGAAUGUUUUAUGACAAAGACAUCCAAUAUCAUAUUGUUUAUAUGCAUUAUAAUUGUGUUGUGUAAAUGAACUGCAUGCAAGAUGUUUCCAUAACUCAUUUCACUAAAAAAGAAAGGUAAGCUGCUAAAAAUAAAGAUUGCAUUCAAGUCA